AUGAAUAACUCUCAAUCUACUUAUAGUAACAAUUCAAGAUUUGUAUCUUCUAACAGAGAUCCCCUCCAGAAAUACAAAGAAAGUUUAAAGGAAAAAUUUAAACUUAUGUAUGAUUAAAUUGAAGAAUAAAAAUUUGCAAACCCAUUUUUACCUCAUGAAGGAACAAUAUUUCUUACUGAAUAAUAAUCCUUAAGAUCUUUCUUAAAUUCAACUUAAAAAUUAGCUGAAAUUUCUCAUUAUCAAGAUGAAUUAAUCUCGAUAAAAAAAGAAAAUGAAAUCAUACCUCUUAAUGCAGAACCAUCCUAUUAAACUAUUAAUAAAAUAAAACCAAGAAUAUUUGAUCAACUUCAUUUUUCAAUUCCUCUUUUUAAAAGUUUAAUAAAAACAUCUAUCUUGCCAAAUACUAUUUAAUAAUAAUUACAAGAAGAUAAGAACUGCCAAACCAGUUUUAAUCAAGAUAAACUACCUCAUUAAUCUUUAUUUAAAAAUAUAGAUAUUCAAAAACCUAAAUCUACAAUUGGAGUCUAAGUUAAUUAAACUUUAGAACAUGUUGAAUUAGAGAAUGUAUCUAUUUAAUAUACAAUUAAAUCUGAUUAAAAUGUAUCAUAAAUUCACAGUUUUCAAUCUUAUAUCGAUAGAUUUUAUGAUUAUUAAUAAUUGGAAUAGUGUGUAAAUAGAAAAUAAAAUUAUUCAGAUUUAAAAUUAGUUAAUUAAAGUGAUGAUUAUUACUAUAUCUUUUGUAAAGAAUGUUAAUAAUUUGUAAGAAUGUAUAAAAAUAAUCAUAAUUCAUUUCAUUAAAAGCACUGCAAAACUUUAAAAUAUGAAAAUACAUUUUAAGAAUUAAUAGGAAAAUUUAAAUACUUAUUAGUUUAUGAAACUAAUUAAUUAAGAGAUUAUGAUGAUAAAUGUAUCAAUAUUAGAAAAUAUUGUCUUGCAGCUUAAUAAAUAUGUACUUUAUUAGAGAAAACUCCUUGUGAAAAGAGAAUCAAUUAAUUGAAAGUCGACUUAAUAAAGAUUCAUAAUAAAGUAUAUUAGCUACACGAUGUUCAUUCUAUGAAAAUCUAUUAACUAUUUGAAUAAAUAACAAUAAAAUUAAAAGAUUGA